AAAGACGUAACCGAAAGUCGCCCACGUUGGAUAAUGUCUGCGCGUGUCUUCCUUCGCUGAAACAAAAACACGGCUCGAGGAAAGAAAAAAAAAAAAAAGAAAUGGCAGACGGUGGAGUCGACGAGCUAUCGCAGCUCGAAUAUCUGUCUUUGGUGUCGAAGGUCUGCACGGAGCUUGACAACCAUCUUGGAAUAAGUGACAAAGAUUUAGCUGAGUUUGUCAUCGACCUCGCUGAGAAACAACCGAGCUUCGAUGGAUUCAAAGAACUGCUGCUUAAAAAUGGAGCCGAAUUCACAGAUUCUCUCGUCGGUAAUCUGCUCAGGCUCAUUCAGACUAUGCGACCUCCGUCCAUGUCCUCCACGAUUAAAGCCUCCGAGGCUGUGGUCAAGCCGAAGACGGAGAAGGACAAGAUGAAGGAGUUGUUUCCUGCACUGUGUAGAGCGGACGAGCCUCCUCCGAAGAAGCUACUAGAUGAAGAUGAAGAUGAUGUGAAGAUAGCAGCUGAUGCCAUGAAAGAGCUGGAGAUGUUUCUGCCCAGUGUCAGCGGGACGGACGCUAAAAGCAUUAAGAGCAGGUCAGAAAAGAGCCGACGCCACAGCCGAAGUCGCAGCAGAAGCAGAGAAAGAGACCGAAGCAGAGAAAGAGACCGACACAGAGACGGAGACCGAAACAGAGAUCGAGACCGAAACAGAGGAGACGGAGACCGAAACAGAGACGGGGAUCGAGGCCGAGACGGAGACCGAAGCAGAGACCGAGAUCGAGACCGAAACGGAGACCGAGACCGGAACAAACGCCACCGCUCCAGGUCUCCGUCCAGAGAUCAGGAUCGGCACAGAGAUGGCGACAGAGAGCGCAGCAAAAGAAGAGACAAAUCUUCCCGCUGGUCUGAGCGCUCGCCAAGUCCCAAAAAAGACCAAGAACAAGACAAAGACUCUGAUCGCUGGAAGGACAAACACGUGGACCGCCCGCCGCCGGAAGAACCGUCCGUUGGCGACAUUUACAACGGCAAAAUCACCAGCAUCAUGCAGUUUGGAUGCUUUGUUCAGCUGGAGGGAUUAAGGAAACGAUGGGAGGGGUUGGUUCACAUUUCCGAGCUGCGUCGAGAAGGACGCGUGGCCAACGUCGCCGACGUCGUCAGCAAAGGCCAACGAGUGAAGAUCAAGGUGCUCUCGUUCACCGGCUCCAAGACCAGCCUCAGUAUGAAGGAUGUGGACCAGGAGACUGGAGAGGACCUGAACCCCAACAGGAGGAGGAACGUAGGCCCAGACGGGGACGAGAUCACCAUGAGGAACCCCGACCGGCCCAGCAACAUGAACCUGGGCCAGCCCCCCGAGCUGGAGCAGGACGACACCCUGGAGCGCAAGAGGCUCACCAAGAUCUCUGACCCCGAGAAGUGGGAAAUCAAACAGAUGAUCGCUGCCAACGUCUUGUCCAAAGAAGAGUUCCCCGACUUCGACGACGAGACGGGGAUCCUUCCUAAAGUUGACGAUGAAGAGGAUGAAGAUCUGGAAAUCGAGCUGGUAGAAGAGGAACCCCCGUUCCUGAGGGGGCACACCAAACAAAGCAUGGACAUGAGCCCGGUCAAGAUUGUCAAGAAUCCAGAUGGCUCUCUGUCUCAAGCCGCCAUGAUGCAGAGCGCUCUGGCGAAAGAGAGGCGAGAGCUGAAGCAGGCCGCACGAGAGGCGGAGAUGGACUCCAUCCCCAUGGGGCUGAAUAAACACUGGGUCGACCCGCUGCCAGACGUUGAUGGUCGGCAGAUUGCGGCUAACAUGAGGGGCAUUGGCAUGAUGCCCAACGACAUCCCCGAGUGGAAGAAGCAUGCUUUCGGAGGCAACAAGGCCUCCUACGGAAAGAAGACCCAGCUCUCCAUCCUGGAGCAGAGGGAGAGCCUGCCCAUCUACAAGCUGAAGGAGCAGCUCAUUCAGGCCGUUCACGACAACCAGAUCCUGAUUGUGAUUGGAGAGACGGGUUCCGGUAAGACCACGCAGAUCACCCAGUACCUGGCGGAGGCGGGCUACACCACCAGGGGCAAGAUCGGCUGCACGCAGCCCCGCCGCGUGGCCGCCAUGUCCGUGGCCAAGAGAGUCUCCGAGGAGUACGGCUGCUGUCUGGGUCAAGAGGUGGGUUACACCAUCCGUUUUGAGGACUGCACCAGCCCCGAGACGGUGAUCAAGUACAUGACGGACGGCAUGCUGCUGAGAGAGUGUCUGAUCGACUCUGAACUGGGCCAGUACGCCAUCAUCAUGUUGGACGAAGCUCACGAGAGGACGAUCCACACCGACGUGCUCUUCGGUCUGCUCAAGAAGACUGUGCAGAAGCGCACGGACAUGAAGCUGAUCGUAACGUCGGCCACGCUGGACGCCGUGAAGUUCUCCCAGUAUUUCUACGAGGCGCCCAUCUUCACCAUCCCGGGGAGAACCUAUCCGGUGGAGGUGCUCUACACCAAAGAGCCCGAGACGGACUACCUGGACGCCAGCCUCAUCACGGUCAUGCAGAUUCACCUGACCGAGCCUCCGGGUGACGUCCUGGUGUUUCUGACAGGACAGGAAGAGAUCGACACGGCCUGUGAGAUCCUGUACGACCGGAUGAAGUCCCUGGGGCCGGAUGUUCCCGAGCUGAUCAUCCUGCCGGUUUACUCCGCCCUGCCCAGCGAGAUGCAGACCAGGAUCUUUGACCCGGCGCCCCCGGGCAGCAGAAAGGUGGUCAUCGCCACAAACAUCGCCGAGACGUCUCUGACCAUCGAUGGAAUCUAUUACGUUGUGGAUCCCGGCUUUGUCAAGCAAAAGGUGUACAACUCAAAGACGGGCAUUGACCAGCUGGUGGUGACUCCCAUCUCACAGGCCCAGGCCAAGCAGAGGGCCGGUCGAGCCGGCCGAACGGGCCCCGGGAAGACGUACAGGCUCUACACGGAGAGGGCCUACAGGGACGAGAUGCUGACCACCAACGUGCCCGAGAUCCAGAGGACCAACUUGGCCAGCACGGUGCUGUCCCUGAAGGCGAUGGGCAUCAACGACCUGCUGUCUUUCGACUUCAUGGACGCUCCUCCCAUGGAGACUCUGAUCACGGCCAUGGAGCAGCUCUACACUCUGGGCGCUCUGGAUGACGAAGGCCUGCUCACGCGGCUGGGCAGAAGGAUGGCCGAGUUUCCUCUGGAGCCCAUGUUGUGCAAGAUGCUGAUCAUGUCCGUCCACCUGGGCUGCAGCGAAGAGAUGCUCACCAUCGUGUCCAUGCUGUCGGUGCAGAACGUCUUCUACAGGCCCAAGGACAAGCAGGCCUUGGCGGACCAGAAGAAGGCAAAGUUUCACCAGCCGGAGGGCGACCACCUGACCCUGCUGGCGGUCUACAACUCGUGGAAGAACAACAAGUUCUCCAACCCCUGGUGUUAUGAGAACUUCAUCCAGGCCCGCUCCCUGCGCAGAGCCCAGGACAUCCGCAAGCAGAUGCUGGGUAUCAUGGACCGACACAAGCUGGACGUGGUGUCUUGUGGCAAAGCGACCGUACGGGUCCAGAAAGCCAUCUGCAGCGGCUUCUUCAGGAACGCAGCCAAGAAGGAUCCUCAAGAGGGCUACCGCACCCUGAUAGACCAGCAGGUGGUGUACAUCCACCCCUCCAGCGCCCUGUUCAACCGGCAGCCCGAGUGGGUCGUGUACCACGAGCUGGUGCUGACCACCAAGGAGUACAUGCGGGAGGUGACCACCAUCGACCCGCGCUGGCUGGUGGAGUUUUCGCCGGCCUUCUUCAAAGUGUCCGACCCGACGCGCCUCAGCAAGCAGAAGAAACAGCAGCGCCUGGAGCCGCUCUACAACCGCUACGAGGAGCCCAACGCCUGGAGGAUCUCCCGGGCCUUCCGGCGCCGCUGACGCGCGUGACGUCAACGAAUGCGUAAAAACUAAUUGAUGAGUCGGCUGGGUCGACGUGUACCGGCUCAUUCACUUUUUAAAAAAAAAGAUGUUGUACAUUUCCCCCCCCCAGAAGCUCCGACAUUAAUCUGUCUAGGUCGGAUUUUUAGUGUCAUUAUUUUAGGGAACGUGGAGCUCAUAUUUUCAUAGCACUAAUACGGGAACAAAACUAAUAAAAAAAUGUCCACAGGUGAAGUUUAAAAGUUAAAUCUUCUGGGAGACUGUGGACUAUUUGUUUUGACUCUGUAAACUGCAAAUGGCAUAUAAUGUUAUGCCCGAAUAAGACCCGUUUGUGAUGGAGUCUUCAUGCUUCACUAGUCAACGGUAGUCGGAUCAUUAAUAUUGAACGGCGUAUAUGUGUUUGAUAGAUUUUGUACAAUUGCUCAGACAUCUGUCACUCGUCUGUGUAAGAAGAAUGUGUGUUGCUCUCUGACGAUGCGUCCUCAUUAAAUACAUGAUUUUUUUUUUUUA